UUGGUGAGAAGUCAACUUUAAGUAAGCACUAUGGAGUUAUCAUGGGGAAGAGAUACUGUGAGUGUAUUGAAAGUGAAUAGUUUCAGAAAGAAGUCACUCCUUCAGCGAAUUUAUAAAGGAGAGAAAACCUUUAACUGUUAUGAAGAUUGGGAAGUAUUCUGCAAGAACCCAAAUUUCUUGCAGCAUCAAGAAACACAUAUAGGGAAAGAAGUCUAUAAAAUUAAUCAGUGUGCUACUGCAUUUUACAAGAAGCCAAAGCUUCCUACAUAUCAGAAAACAGAUGUAAGAGAAAAACUCUAUGAAUGUAGUGAAUGUGGGAAAACCUUCAGCCAUAAGUCAUCUCUCAUCCUACAUCAGAGGAUACACAGAGGGGAGAAAUGCUAUGAAUGCACCAAAUGUGGGAAAACCUUUGGGUAUAGGUCAGGCCUCGCAGUACAUCAGAGAACACACACAGGGGAGAAACCCUGUGAAUGUAAUGAAUGUGGAAAAAAUUUCUGUGAGAAGUCAAAUCUCCAUGUACAUCAGCGAACACACAGAGGGGAGAAACCCUAUGAGUGUAAUGAAUGUCAGAAAGCCUUCAGUGAUAGGUCAGCUCUCACAGUACCUGAGGGAAUACAUACCGGGGAGAAACCCUAUGAAUGAAGGAAUUUCUCCCAGAAGUCAAACUUCAUUAAUCAUCAGAGGACUCACACAGGAGAGAAACCCUAUGGAUGUCACAAAUGUGGAAAAUCCUUCUCUGUGAAGUUGAAAGUGAGGGAACAUCAGAGAACACACACAGGAGAGAAGCCUUAUAAAUGUAAUGAGUGUGGGAAAACUUUCUACCAUAAAUCAUCCCUCACAGUACAUCAGAGAACCCACACAGGGGAGAAACCCUAUGAAUGUAACCAAUGUGGGAAAACCUUCUACCAGAGUCAUUCCUCACAACACAUCAGAGAACACACUAGGGAGAAACAGUACAGGUGUAAUGGAACCUUUCACCAGCAUCUCGAUUUCAGUAAACAGCAGAGAAACAGCACUAAGAAGAAACCCCUGUCAACAUCCUGAAACCUUCACCCUCUUGUUGGACUCAUUGCAUAGCAGAAACAACCUGGGACUGAGGUGGGGGACCCAGUAUAUAUGAGAAAUCUUUUGCCUAGAAGUGACAUUUCAUUGAGUAACAAAUAAUAUUUGAUAACUUUAUUAAUAUUUUGAAGAUGUUACAGUGUCAAAAAAAGUUUAAAAAGGAGGCCUUUUGCAGAAUAUGUAUAAGUAUGCUAUGUAGAGAAACUUUUCAUGAUAGGUUUGCUUAUUGGAAUGCAGCAUUGUAGGAAGUAUAUGUAUAUUUGCUUAAUAACUCAUAAAGUUUUUAUUUCAUAAUUUUAAUAUGAAUAUGAAGUGUAUAAGUUGUCCCAUACUUAAUACCUAUGUAAUUUUUUGUUUUAAUUGAAAUUUUUAUUGAGAUAAUUGUAAAUUGUAAGAUGCAGUUGUAAGAAGUAAUACAGAGAGACCUCAUGUACCCUGUACCCUGUUUCCCCCAAUGGUAACAUCUUGUAAAAAUACAGUACAAAUAUCAGCCAGGAUAAUGACAUUAUUGAUAUAAUCCACCAAUUAGUUCAGAAUUUCUCAAUUUUAUUUGUACUCAUUUAUGUGUAGGUAUAUUUAGUUCUGUGCAAUUUUAUCACAUGUGUAGGUUUAUGUAUCCACCAUUGGCUGUGGCAUCUGUUGACUGUGUUAUCUAUGACCACAGAUAUUUCAUGAUAUUCAGGGGUUAUUAGUUUCUCCGGUAUUAUAAUUAUGUUUUUCAAAAGAGUCUCUAUAUUUUAGAGAUAGAAAAAUAACAUAUGCUGCAGCAUUCAGAUAAUUGAAAUACAGGCAACAAUACCAUGAGCUUGGAGAUAUAUAUGUAUUUAAUUGGAUCAUCUGUUCUUUCAUUUCCAGGAUUUGUUUUUAUAACUUGUAUAUUUAUUUGUUGACUACAUUAGGUUACAAAUACUUUCUCUUAGACUGUGGCUUAUCUUUUAAUUUUAUUUAUGCUAUAUUAUACUGUAUAGAAGUUUUAAGUUUUGAUGCAAAUAUAACAAUCUUUCUUAGGUCUAGAAAUUCUUUUCUAGACUGAGGUUGCAAAGAUAUUCUUCCAAAAGACUGAAGUUUUGCUUUUCAUGUUUAUAUUUUUACAUCUGUCUGGAUUUUUUUUUUUUUGGCGGUACGCAGGCCUCUCACUGUUGUGACC